AUGACUCCCGGUCGUCCCAUCGACUCCUUCAUGCCUCGCAUCUCUGACAAGGGUUCGAAGGAGUAUUCAAGAUCAGCACAAUGCGGUUACAGCAAAGAUACGACAAGGAUGCUUCGUGAUCUAGAAGACAGUACCCCAGAUUCCUUGCAAGCCGUCACAUAUGCUGAGGGGGGAUGGGUGAAAUCACUUCAGGACACUGGAAAAGGACGCGCUAACAUCCUUCGCAGGGAGAAAGCACCGCGUAUUCCGAAAUGGUACCCAGCCAAGAACCAUCAGAAUCCUCACCAAAACCUUCUCCCAGACAACACCUUCGCACAUCAAGGACUCCAUGUACAAUCUAAGCCUGAUACGUCUGGAACAAUGGCAUCAGCGCCUAUAAAAUCAACGGAAGACGUGACGAGUUUGGGCGAGAUAUCAAAAGAAAAGGGGCGAGGUGGUGGAAAGCCACCGUCUCAGUCCUCUCCAUCGCGUAACCGUUAUUCUUCGAAUGUUCGACGAGCCCUGAGUCCCAUAAGUAGUUCAGAGGGUGGCGGUACGUGGUUGCCACGACGACGUAGCGCGCAAACAACGAGUCUGCGGGAAAAUGCGAAGAUUUCUGGUACUGAGAUAGAUAGCGGGAUUGCGACGACUCGGAGACUGCAAAUUAUGGACGGCGAGAGACAUCGAGUAGAAACGGUUGCAUCUGACGGAAAGAACGUAACGUGGAGGGUGUGGGCUAUGACAAGGUUGAAGUUGACAGUGGGGACAUGGAGGAGUGAGCGAGCAAGCAUCGGAUACACAAUCUCGAAGGUUGCUCAGCGGCUGAAGCACCGGCGGGAAUUUGCCUUUCCACGUGGCUGA